GGGGCGGCGGGGCUGGGUCCGGUCUGGGUGAAGAGUCCGGUCGAAACCUGGGCCUGCGAUCCCCGACUCGGUUUUGCCCGCUGCCCGGAGCGGUCGAAGCGCAGCGGCCCGACUCGCCCCCGCGCCCCUCGGAGUGCCCAGAGCCCGCGGUCCUUGGCGUUGAGCUCAGCGGCGUCCGACCCCGGCGCGUCUCUGGCCGCCAUGGCCGCCGCCGCGGGCCUGCGGGCCUUGGGGGCGAAGGGGUCGGGCUGGCUCCGGCGCGGCCCGUGGCCUCUGCUCACCGCCGGCUUCUGCAGCGGGGGACCGGCCGGGAUCGGGCGGCCGGAGCCGGGGUCGCGCCCCACCAGCACGCGGCAGCGGGACGGCAUCAGGAGCAUUGUCUUGAGUGAUCCAAAGAGAAGAAACGCACUGUCACUGGCGAUGCUGAGAUCUCUCCAAAACGACAUUCUUCAUGAAGCCGAAAGCCAAGAUCUGAAGGUCAUUAUUAUUUCAGCUGAGGGCCCUGUAUUUUCUUCUGGGCAUGAUUUAAAGGAACUGACGGAUGAGCACGGCCCAGAUUAUCACGCUGAAGUGUUCCGAACCUGUUCUGAGGUCAUGAUGCUGAUCCAGAACCACCCGGUCCCCGUCAUUGCCAUGGUGAACGGCCUGGCCUCUGCCGCCGGGUGUCAGCUGGUUGCCAGCUGUGACAUUGCCGUGGCGAGUGACAAGUCCUCCUUUGCCGCACCGGGCGUGAACAUCGGGCUCUUCUGCUCCACCCCCGGGGUGGCCCUGGGGAGAGCGCUGCCGAGAAAGGUGGCCUUGGAGAUGCUCUUCACCGGGGAGCCCAUCUCUGCACAGGAGGCCCUGCUCCAUGGGCUGCUGAGCAGGGUGGUGCCGGAGGAGCGGCUGGAGGAGGAGACCCUGAGGAUCGCGAGGAAGGUGGCCUCGCUGAGCCGGCCCGUGCUGUCGCUGGGCAAAGCCGCCUUCUACAGGCAGCUGGCUCAGGACCUCAGGACCGCCUACCACCUCACCUCCCAGACCAUGGUGGACAACCUGGGCCUGCCGGAUGGCCAGGAGGGGGUCAAGGCCUUCCUCCAGAAGAGGAAGCCCGUCUGGUCACACUGAGCGGCCUCAUCAGAGGAAACGGGGGCCGUGAGCCCAGUGGGCAGUGCUCAGGGCUCCCCCCCACCGGCCCCACCCGUGACCUUCCGACCCCCAGACACCACCGCUGCCUUGUGACUGUAGCAGAGCCAGCCUGCUUUUCCGGCAUCAGUCACGUCUCAGUGCACGGGGUCUGGGUUACGAGCCAGCGCUCCCUGGGGAAGGGGUGACCUGGAGGGUCGGGUGCUAACGUGAGCGGAAGGGGACUGUGAGCACACAAGAAAGCCCGUGUGUGAUGCUCCUUCCCAGGACCUUAGGGGAGGGGAUGCCCCCCACCAGGGGUGAAGGUGAAGAUAAAACUGAGGCGAGAAGGAAGGAUUUCAGCCCAACUCUGUGACCGGAAAGGGCCCCCAAGGUGGAGGUGGUGCCGGUUGCCCACGACGGGAAACAUUUCAGAUCUCCACGAGAUACUCUCCACUCUGGAAAUCUUCUUGAUUCUAUUGAGAAAUAAUCAUGCUUCUGGCUUUGGGAUAAUCUUAUGGGAUCUUUUAAAGAUUACCUGUUCAGAGAGACUGGUAAUUUUAACUUCCCAACCAGACUGUAAGCUGGUUGAGAGAAGAAAAUCAAUGAACUCUUUGAUGCCUGUGCUGAUGAACGUCUAGUAGGUGCCUGGUGCUUCUGUAAUGAAG